AUGGAUGCCAACUGCCAUAAAACUCCAACGAAGAAGAAGAAGAAGAAGAAGAAGAAGAAGGGGAGACACCUACAGGCAAGGAGAGUGUGUAAUGUGUGUUGUGGAACAUCUUCUCAGUUAUCUCGAGCUGUUGAGAAAGAUGAUGAGGACGAUGAUGAUGACUUGAAGGAGGUUGCUACAGAAAAGAUCACUAUGCUAUAUGGAGAUGAUGCAGACCAGAAAACAUUAGAAGAGCUCCAGAAUGAUGAAAAAUUUGCUGAGAUUGAAAACUUUUUAUCUGCAUAUGAAUUUACCAACAAUGUUGCAAAUUACGUACAACACAGUGAGUCAAGUUCUGGUGACUGGUUCUGGCCGCUUGUGAAAACUGUGACAAUCAAGAUUCCAGACUGUCAUGAACUCCUGGAGCACAUUGUGCUUCUUGAUAUUCCUGGGAGUGGAGACUGCAGUAGGACUAGAGAUGACUUGUGGAAAUCUAAACUGAGAGAGUGCUCUUCUGUGUGGAUUGUAAGUGAAAUCAAGCGAGCAAUCUCUGACAGAGACCCCUGGGGGAUAUUAAAGCACUGCAUUGAAGAACUGGGACCGGGAGGAAAAUGCAAAAGCAUCAACUUCAUCUGUACAAAGACCGAUGACUUCAAUCCAAAAGAGUAUAUGAGAAAAUAUUCAACUGACAAUCAGUUUCAAGUUUUCACUGUAAGUUCCAAAGCAUUCUUUGACGACAAUUUAAAUCUGAAAUCAAGUGAAACAGAAAUCCCAAAUCUUCAGGAUGAUCUGAGGAAUAUUAACGAGAGCAUUAAUCGAGAACUGACCAGAGAUUAUGUCAAUAAAGCAAAGGGAGUUUUGUCCUUGAUCCAAAGUGGCCAGCUGGAUACGGACAAGAAAAUGAUUGAAAUGAAAGUCAACAUCCGCAACGAAUUUGAGAAGAACCUAAUGAAGGCACUAAUUGAACUGGACAAAUAUUUUGACAGCAUUUAUAAAGAUCUGGAGCAGCGUCUCUCAAAUGGAGUGGAAGAAUCAGUGCAAUCAUGUGUAGCUUCCACAAAAAAAUGUAUAGCACCUAAAAAAGAUGGAAGGGGGUUCCAUAAAAUCCUUGGUGCUUUGUGCAGGAACUACGGAUGCUAUUGGUCAAAAAAUUGGAAUGUAAUUCUAGACCUAAACAAGUCUUUAGCCGAACAUUUGCACAAAUACGUUGAGGAAUAUUUCUGUCAGAUUUUUCCUGCUACUGAAAAAACAGGAAAGUCAAUGCAGGAACAGAUUGAUAAGUUCAGUAUCAUCCAGAGUGACUCUGCUUACCCCAGCUCUGAAAUACUACAUCACAUUCAGGACUUCAUCAAAACAGAGGAAACCAAACUAAAGGCAACACUCAACAGAGACAUUGUUGAGAUGAAGAAGGAUAUCUACUCAUCAAUACAAAUAACAAUUGAGAACGAAAUGAGUUCUUGCUAUCAGCAAGCUGCAGCUUUGACAGGAACAGGAUCCAUGAAGAAACGGCAAGACCUGUUAAUAACCACAGUCGAUGAGAUAAAACAAGUUCAACAAAGCAAAAAUGGAAGUGCUAAAAAGGUUUAAAAACUUAAAGCUGGACAUAAAGAGUGUUCUUGAAAAUAAACUACAGGAAGCAAUAAAACGCUCAGAAACACAAACCAGUAAACAGACACAGCUGGAUGUCUCCAGAGAGAUCAAAGAGCUGGAGAGACUUCUAGAGCUACUAUCUGACUGAUGGCCAUCAAGCAAUAAGAAGCUCAAGAGAAACAGCAUAAAUCACAAAAGAAACAUACACA